AUGGCGUCCUCUUCCUCUGCGACCCCGCUGCUCUACUCCUGCAUCGCCCACAGGACCACAAUCCUGUCCGAAUGCACAGCCUCUGCCUCGUCACAAACCUCGUCGCUCGCCUCCAUCAUCCUCCCAAAGAUUGAGCACACCACCCCUCAGAAGUUGACCUACACCCACGGCCAGAACCAGAUUCACUAUGUCGCCGAGGCGCCGUCAGACUAUCCCCAACACCCGGCCGCCGGCGGCUUGACGUUCCUCGUCAUCGCCGACGGGUCGCUGGGCCGGCGCGUUCCGUUCGGCUACCUGCUAGAGAUCCGCAAGCGAUUCUUCGAAAAGUUUCCCGAGCACAGCGACUUUGCCGAGAUGCCAAACUACGGCGCCGGGUCGUUCAACGCCGAGAUGAAGAGCCUGAUGGUGGAGUUUGGCACGACGAGCGGCGGCAUGAACGACGCGAUUGGUAAUGCGAAGCGCGAGAUUGACGAUGUUAGAGGCAUCAUGACGAAGAACAUUGAGAGCUUGCUCGAGCGGGGCGAGAGGAUCGAUCUGCUUGUUGACAAGACGGACAGGCUGGGGAGCAGCGCCCGCGACUUCCGGGUCCGGAGCCGCGGGCUGAAGCGGCAGAUGUGGUGGAAGAACGUCAAGCUCAUGGCGCUCCUGAUCCUGGUUGUGGCUCUCAUCAUCAUGAUUAUUGUCAUCUCAGUCAAGGGCUAA